AUGGGCUUGUUUCUUAAUCUAAGGUCAAAUAUAAAAGAAAAAUCCAUGGACAAUGGACUAAGCUUGCCCAUUUCAAGGAACGGUAGCUCGAAUAAAAGCAGGAACAAACGUUCACAUCAUGACUCCAAGUCAUUGAAGGGGAAAUACAUGUACCAGCCGCGGUCUACGUCGUCCAAAUUUCAGCUUACAGUGAACGUCAUAUCUCUUAUUAUUAUCACUGUUUUGUCAUUGUAUCUGGUGAUUUUAUUUCUUUCAGAAAUGAGAUUGGGUUUAUCUAUACAAAACGGGAACACACUAUUGGGUUCAGAGAAUUACAAGACGAUAGAUCUGGAAGAUGAAGAAUAUUAUAACUACGAUUUUGAGGAUAUUGACCCAGAGGUGGUUUCGAAAUUUGAUGAUGGUGUGCAGCAUUAUCUAAUAUCCCAAUUCGGUUCAGAGACUUUGACCCCCGAGGAUGGCGAAAAGUACCAAGAGGAAAUGAGCAUGCUUUUGGAUUCUACCGUGGAGAAAUACGACUUAACAAAUUUCGAAGGUGCACCAAACGGUCUGGAAACACGUGACCAUAUUCUUUUAUGCAUCCCAUUAAGGAACGCAGCAGAUGUCUUACCUUUAAUGUUCAAGCAUCUGAUGAACUUGACUUACCCACACGAAUUGAUCGAUUUGGCCUUUCUAGUCAGUGAUUGUUCCGAAGGUGACACUACAUUGGACGCAUUAAUAGCAUAUUCGAGACAAUUACAAAACGGUACCCUGUCUCAAAUUUUUCAAGAAAUUGAUGCUGUUAUUGACUCGCAAACUAAAGGUACCGAUAAACUAUACCUCAAAUACAUGGACGAAGAUUACAUCAAUCGUGUUCAUCAGGCAUUUUCACCACCUUUCCAUGAAAAUUAUGAUAAGCCAUUCAGAUCAGUUCAGGUAUUUCAAAAGGAUUUCGGUCAAGUAAUUGGCCAAGGCUUUAGCGAUAGACAUGCUGUGAAAGUUCAAGGUAUAAGAAGAAAAUUAAUGGGAAGAGCAAGAAACUGGUUGACUGCUAAUGCUUUGAAACCAUACCAUUCUUGGGUUUAUUGGAGAGAUGCUGAUGUAGAGCUAUGCCCUGGGUCUGUUAUUCAAGACUUGAUGAGUAAAGAUUAUGAUGUCAUUGUCCCCAAUGUUUGGAGACCGCUACCUACAUUUUUAAAUAGUGAGCAACCAUACGAUUUAAAUUCUUGGAUGGAAUCUGGAGAAGCACUAGAUUUGGCAAAAACACUUGACGAAGACGAUGUCAUUGUGGAAGGUUAUGCAGAAUAUCCAACAUGGAGAGUUCAUUUGGCUUACAUCAGAGAUGCAGGAGGUGAUCCAAAUGAAGUGGUCGAUUUGGACGGUGUCGGGGGUGUUUCAAUCCUAGCGAAGGCUAAAAUAUUCAGAAAUGGUGUACAGUUCCCCGCAUUCACCUUUGAAAAUCACGCUGAAACAGAAGCAUUUGGUAAAAUGGCAAAAAAAAUGGGGUAUAGAGUCGGUGGCUUACCGCAUUAUACUAUCUGGCAUAUUUAUGAACCAAGUGACGACGAUUUGAAGGAAAUCGCCACAAGGGAAAGGGAGAAGAGAAGACAAUCAUAG